CUGGAGGGUGAUAUAAAAUCACACCCUGUUUGCAGUCAGAGAAGAAAAAAAGGAACAACCAAUCAAACAGGAGGCUUAAUCAGAACCAAUUCCAGUCAGGUGAGAUCACCGCAAACCCACCAAGUGAGCCAGGGUCAGAUCUGUUUGCAGGUCUCCAGUUCUUUGCAGUGAAGUACUUUUAAUGAUGUCUCUCGUGAUGUCUAAAGAUGCCCUACAAAGUGAACUAUUUUUCUCUCGUGCAUGCACACACACACACCACCACCAAGCCAUAAAGUGUGUGACGUAGUCUACUGCUCCAGUAUGAAAGGGCAAACUCUGCUCAGUCAGGCAGACAGGGAAGUGCUGUGUGGUUCAGAUCCACCUGACAGCGUCCCGCCUCUGAAAGCUCACCUGCGGCCGGACGGUGCAGAGGAAACCUCGGGGAUGGAGAGGCUGCUGAGGAAAUGUCAGAUCAGAAACCAACUGGUCAGGGAGUGCAUGGCUGAGUGCCUUGGAGUCUAUGUCAUGAUUCUGUUUGGAUGCGGCUCGGUUGCCCAGGUGACCACAACUAAAGAUAAGAAAGGGCAGUACCUGUCCAUCAAUCUGGGUUUUGCUCUGGGAGUAACAUUUGGGAUCUUUGUGUCUCGUGGAAUCUCAGGUGCCCAUCUGAACCCUGCAGUAUCUCUAAGCUUGUGCGUUUUGGGCAGACAUCCCUGGAUCAAGCUGCCUUUCUACGUCUUAUUCCAGAUGCUCGGAAGCUUUCUGGCUGCCGCCACGGUUAGCCUGCAGUACUAUGAUGCCAUCCAGGCGUACAGCGGAGGAGAGUUUACAGUGACGGGCUCCACUGCCACAGCAGGAAUAUUUGCCACCUACCCAGCCGACUACCUCAGUAUGUGGGGAGGGGUCGUGGACCAGGUGAUUGGCACGGCUGCGCUGCUGCUGUGUGUCCUGGCUCUUGGGGACCAGAGGAACAGCUCCCUACCUGACGGUCUUCAGCCUGUACUGGUGGGAGCAGCAGUGCUAGUUAUUGGCAUCUCGAUGGGCUCCAACAGCGGCUACGCCCUCAACCCGGCCAGGGAUUUUGGACCUCGACUUUUCACGUACAUCGCUGGCUGGGGAGUGGAUGUUUUCAAGGCUGGAGGUGGUUGGUGGUGGGUGCCAAUAGUGGCUCCCUGUGUUGGGGCGCUGCUGGGAACCCUGAUAUACGAGCUGAUGAUUGAAGUCCACCAUCCUCUCAGUCCGCCUGAGCUCCAGACCUCAUGUCAGGAGGCCACUGAGAGCAAGAUAGGGCUGGAGCUGGAAGGGGGUGGAGCCAGACUGUGAGAAACCCACUUAGUGGUCAAAUGUAUAGUAAAUGCUAAUUAUGUUAUAUGUAUUUAUUCUGUGACUGAUUUAGUGGAACAAGUAGAUUGGUUCUGAUACUACAAAUUGUAGGUGAAGGCAAUAUGAAAAGAGUCCCAUUUGUGAACAGAAAUAAGCUGCAAACACUACUCUGAAUGUGACCCUCAACUCUGCAGAUGAACGUGCUGCACCAGUCAAUUGUCUCUUUUACACAUUUAUUUUGAAACGGCACAAAAGUGUAUGGCAUUUCAGCAAGCAGACCACAACCAUGGAAAAGAAAAUGACAUGAAAUUUCCACUAUUGAGCUAUAUAAAUAUGAUAUGACAUAUAAAAGAUACAAACAAAAACAAGAAAAAUCCACUCUUCGGCCUCCGUCACGUGACAAUGAAGGCUGUUUUUGAAACGUACAAAAGAAAUGUGAGUACAGCAAGCACUGAUUCUGGAGAUAAAAAAGAACCAUCUCAAAGAAAUAAACAUUUGUAUUCAUACACGUUAAGACGACACAACCCCCACACUUUCCCUCUGCUUUGUAAUUACAAUGUAUAGCUACCUCUGGGGGGGGAGGGAUUCUUUUAAACUUCAAAUCGUUUGGAAAAAA